AUUUUACCAAUAAAUACAAUAUUUUGCCACUAGCUAAGCAGAAAAAAAACAAGCAAAAUGAAAGAUUUACGUGUACUAUUUUUGCUUAUAACAUUUUUCCAAGCAAUUUACUCGGCCUCUCCAAACCAAAAAAUUGCAAAUGGAGUUAUAGUCAGUGCCGAAGAUUUCCCUUAUUACGUAUAUGUAGCUUCACCGUAUGGACCAGAUGAAGAAGGCAUGUGUGGAGGAUCUCUUGUAUCGCCUAAACACGUUUUAACAGCUGGACAUUGCCUUAUUCAUAAGAAAUUAAACUGUAGAGAACCCGAAUACGUACAGGUCAGAUUGGGAAGUAACCAAUAUUCAUCCAUGACCUCCUAUAAUGUCCUAAAAUGGAUCAUCCAUGACACAUAUAGAAAAGACUGUAUGACAGGGUUUUUGAAAAGUGAUAUUGCUCUCUUAACUCUUUUAACAAAUAUAGAAAUGUCAACAACUAUACGCCCGAUUUCACUACCUCCACAAUCUGCCACACUUAAGAAAAUAGAAGGUUCCAGCGCUGUAGUUUGCGGUUUUGGUUAUGACGAAAAUGGCAAUGUGCCAGAAUAUCUUAAAGCCGUAAAUGUAAUAAUUGGAGAUGAACGGUUUUGUAAACAAAAUAGGGCGAAGCGUUAUGAUAGAAUUUGUGCCAGAAUUCAAAAUAAGAAAACUGACUGUGGAGGAGAUAGUGGCGGACCAUUAGUUAUAAACAAUACGUUAUAUGGUAUUGUAUCUUCUGGGCCAAAUGUAAAAAAAUGUACAGACGCAACUUAUAGUAUAUAUACCAGUGUUAUUUAUUAUAGAAAAUGGAUAUUGGAACUUAUAGGUAAAGAAUAAAUAAAAGUUAUUUUCCAGUUUUUCGUAUUUCCGGAUAUGUAUAUAUAUAUGCACUACUUAUGCUAUAAUAAAGAAUAUUAUAGUUUA